CCACUUCGUACGACCUCGGAGAAUGUUCAUACACCUCCCAGAAGACGUCUGGCUCGAUGUCUUCCGCUACCUCGAAGUGCAGGACGUCCUAACCCUCAGGAAGACAUGUCGUACCCUGCACAUCUUGGGCGGGAAUGACUACGUAUGGCACCGGCUCAUCGCCGAGUUUCCACUUCCCAUCGACGUGCCAUUUGACACGCGCCCUACGGCCCUGCCCGCCGACGAGCUGCAGCGACUCGCAAUCAAGGCCAUUAGGCUCGACGCGAAUUGGAGGAGCCCGAAGACGCGUGUAAAGCGCACCCGCGCGCUGCUGAAUGACAAGAGCGGCCAGUAUGUCGACCAUAUGCAGUUUCUGCCUGGGGGCAAAUGGCUCUGGACGGCGCAGCGCACGCUCAAGCGCGAAGCAACGUACACACGGAUGAACCUAUGGUCGCUCGAUGAUGUCGACAACGCGCGUCGCGUGUGGUCCGCAGAGGUGUCCGGCAUAUACCGCAGCUGUACCGUUGUGCAAACCGGCGAGGACGACUUCGCGACGUUAGUUGCAGGCGUCUGUGACCAGCGAGAGGUCAUUGAGAUACAUAAAAUCUCGCUGGAGGACUCUCCUACAAAUUUCCAGUACGGUUUGUACCACCCCAACUAUCCACUUUACCAACCGCCGGCCCCAGUCAAGUCCAGACAGCUGCAGGUCGUACCACAUCCUCGCGCGCCUCAUCUUCGGCCAAUCAUCAGUGAGAUUGCUGGUCACGGGGGUGUGCUGAUCGUGACCGUUUUCGCACUGGAUACGGGCGGGGGGGCAGGGUCGCUUCAAAUUAUGUUCGUUAAUCCUGAGACGGGCGCGACGAAGUGGAUCGACCCUUCAUUCGCACAGCCAUUCUCUUUCCUCUGGGUUCGCGUAUGGGGCGAAUAUCUCUUUCUGAUCGGUCAAGUCGACGAAGACUUCGUUGUGCGGGCAUAUAGAAUGCCUCAACCCUUCCCUGGUUCUCCGAGUAGGACGCCUCGCGCCAGCCCGCCAAGGACGACGACACCUCUCCAGGAAGCGGAGGAAGAUGAGUACGCCUAUACGGACCUUGGGCCUGUGGUAGCGCAGUUCGUUGGUCCAACUCCGAUGGCCGUACCGAGGCAUCAUAUUCCCCAUGUCUCCUUCGCCGUAGCGGAACCAAGCCUCUCCGCGAUCAUGUUUUAUCACUCUAGCCAACCCCACCGUGCCCAACUGCUGCGCUUCUCCUUCGACGUCUCUGGCGAGGGCGUCACGUUGAGCGACAUGUCGUCCAAAGACUUCCACAUCGGAGACGAGUCGUCCCCGCAGCUCGCGCAGGUGGGCGCGCUGGGGUUCCGGGCGGUGUGGCUGGAGCACAACUGGGAGACGCAGCAGAACCGCGUCAUGAAGCUCGCAUUUGACCCGCAUACUGGUGCGGCGAAGGUGGGGAUGCUGAUUCCGCCUGACCCGGAGCUGCCGUUCACGCCGAAUAUGUGUCAUUCGUUGGCCUUUGACGAGGUUACGGGGAGACUUUGCUUGGCGAUGUACGACGGGAAUGUUUAUCUACUAGAUUUUGUUUGAAAUGUAUUCUCUGAAUGAAUAAACGUCGGAAAUUGGGUACCCU